GCCGCGGCUCCCACUAUAUAAACCCAUCGGGAUCCGUCUGUAUCACCCCUCAUCAUAUCUCUCUCUCUCCCCAAACCAAAAUUUCUUCCAACAAUUUUUGGCGUCGUAAUCUCACUUUCCCUCUCUAGAAAUCUCGGUCCAUGCUCAUGGGUUCAAAUUCAGUUGUAGAUAUGAUAGAGGCCUCCUCAGGGGUUCAUUUUUCUGGAUUUCACAUGGAUGGCUUAGAGCAAAGGCUGAAGAUUGAGCCACCGACAACCUCAAAUGAAAACAUGCAUAAGCAGCCUUUCGUUAUUGGGGUUGCUGGUGGGGCAGCAUCUGGCAAGACCACAGUUUGUGACAUGAUUAUACAGCAGCUUCAUGAUCAGCGUGUUGUUCUUGUUAACCAGGACUCUUUUUAUCAUAAUCUGACCAGCGAGGAACUUAAAAGGGUUCAUGAAUACAACUUUGACCAUCCUGAUGCUUUCGACACGGAGAAACUAUUAUCUUAUAUGGACAAGUUGAAGCAUGGGCAAGCAGUAGAUAUUCCAAAUUAUGAUUUCAAAAGUUACAAAAACAAUGUGUUUCCGGCUAGAAGGGUAAACCCUUCAGAUGUCAUAAUUUUGGAAGGCAUUCUUGUUUUCCAUGAUCCUCGUGUUCGAGAGUUGAUGAAUAUGAAGAUAUUUGUUGAUACAGAUGCUGAUGUGCGGUUGGCUAGGAGGAUAAGGCGUGAUACGGUUGAGAAGGGAAGGGAUAUUGGUACCGUUCUUGAUCAGUAUUCACAAUUUGUAAAGCCAGCUUUUGAUGAUUUUAUUCUUCCUACAAAGAAGUAUGCUGACAUCAUUAUACCUCGUGGUGGAGAUAAUCACAUAGCCGUUGAUUUGAUUGUACAACAUAUCCGCACUAAGCUAGGUCAACAUGACCUCUGUAAAAUAUAUCCUAAUUUAUAUGUCAUUCAAUCAACCUUUCAGAUACGGGGUAUGCAUACCCUCAUACGUGAUUCUCAAACAACAAAGCAUGAUUUCGUUUUCUAUUCUGACCGAUUAAUUCGUUUGGUUGUUGAGCAUGGCCUGGGACACCUACCUUUUACUGAAAAACAGGUCAUCACUCCAACUGGGUCUGUGUAUAUUGGUGUGGAUUUUUGUAAGAGAUUAUGCGGUGUAUCUGUCAUUAGGAGUGGUGAGAGUAUGGAGAAUGCUUUGCGAGCAUGUUGUAAAGGUAUCAAGAUUGGCAAGAUUCUUAUUCAUAGAGAAGGUGACAACGGUCAGCAGCUAAUUUAUGAAAAGCUACCGAACGACAUUUCUGAGAGGCAUGUAUUGUUGUUGGAUCCUAUCUUGGGAACAGGAAAUUCGGCUGUUCAGGCUAUUUCUCUUCUUCUAAAGAAGGGUGUACCAGAGUCCAACAUCAUAUUUCUCAAUCUCAUAUCUGCACCUCAAGGUGUGCAUGUAGUCUGCAAACGCUUCCCCAGAAUAAAGAUUGUGACAUCUGAGAUUGAAACUGGUCUGAAUGAUGACUUUCGUGUCGUGCCUGGCAUGGGGGAGUUUGGGGAUAGAUAUUUUGGAACUGAUGACGAUGAUCUGGAAGGGGUGCCUCCAUCGAAGUAGCUUAUGGAAACUGCUCUUUGGUCCCACCCAUGAUCAACUUGAGUUAUUUUCAGCAAUGAUAAUGCUGGGUUAUGCAGUUUCAAUGUUGGGAAAAUUUUGACUUUCAAGUCCAGAACCACCAUCCUUUGAAUGUUUCUUUUGUUAUAUAGGGUCUUCCGUUCUCUUACAAAUGUAUUUUACAUAUGACAAUAAUGUCAUCAAGGUUGGGGUUGGACAGCGAGUUUACGAAAGCAGGCAGUGACUGUGCGCCUAGAUAGCCAAGCUAGCUCCCGUUGAAAUGACUUCGCAUAUGUAUGGCUUAAGAGGGAAGCAAUAUUCUGGCACCCGGCAUGUAAUGUACUUAAUGAACCAAGACUUUUUAUGAUAAAUCAUUCUUACUUU